CGUGAGCGGAAAGGUUAGUUCCAUGAUGGCUGAAGAUCCCGGAGGAGCUUAUUUCAAUUUCUCUUUCAUUUUUCUCCGUUUUUCGUUACCUCUGCUGGAAACAUGGCAGGGCAGACAGUCACGGUAGAAAGUCACAGACUCGCGUCGUCGCCAUGCCCAAGAAAGGGAACAGAAAACGGCUGAAAUUUCGAGCCGACGAUGUUUGCUCGGAGUCAGUAACGGUGGCUGACUAUGCCAACGCUGAUCCUGCCAUUGUCAAGUCGGGAAGACUAAAAAAAGCUGUCGCUAAUGCGUUUGAAAAAAAGGUAAAGCUGCUGUGUGGGUUGGAGGCUUCGCAAGGUCCUGUACAGGAAGUUCUGUCAUCAGCUGAUGAGGUUAAAGAUGUGAAUGAUGGCAGUGAAGAGCUGGACUCUGAAGAAGGUGACGGAGAAAGCAGAGGGUCACGUAAGAAGAAGAACAAGAGACACAAAGAAAAUGGCGAAGGUGCAGAUGGAGAAGAGUACCCCAUUGACAUAUGGUAUGUUCUUGCUGCCUACAUCCGGCCUGAAGACGUCUGCAAGUUUGCACUGAUCUGUAAGAACGCUUGGGCAGUCACAUGCACUGCAGCAUUUUGGAUGAGACUCUAUAAGAGACACUACAGUCUUGAUGCAGACCUCCCUUCUGGCCUUCAGCCUGGCUCUCUUUUAAAGAUGAGUUGUCUCCGUGCCCGUGUAAUCCGCUCCCUCUUUCAUCUCUAUGAGCCGUUCAGCCUCCGGGUGUCCAAGAGUCCACUGCUUCCCGAAUCGACUCCAAGCAAACUGCUCAAUUCCAAGUGUUUGCUGUUUUGGGUCAACAAAGUCUCCGGGACUAGAGCCGAGCCCAUGUGGGAAUUCAACUUCAAGUUUGAAAAGCAGCCAACCAAGGUGAAAAAUGGCUGUGCUCACAGUCUGGUGCUGCCCAGGCAGUAUAAGGACGUCAACACGAACCCAGACUCGGACUGCUACCUGCUGCGUGUCACCACCCUGAACUUCAUCUUCACUUCCGUCGUCAUGGGCAUGACGCUAUCCCUGUUUACCAUUAACGUGAGCACAGACAUGCGGCACCACCGGGUGCGCUUGGAGUUCCAGGACUCGCCCAUACUCCGGGGGAAGAAGCUGCGAGGGGAGCAAGGCAUCCAGGUGGUGCUGGACCCUGUCCACAGCGUGCGUCUCAUGGACUGGUGGCACCCUCAAUUCCCCGUGCCGUCUUGGGCUUAAAACUUCACGUGAUCCAGAGAAUGAAGAUUUAAAGCGUGCUUCUAUCAUCCGUGAUCAUUCUGGACUUUUUUUUUUUUUUCCCCCCUUUUCCGACAUGUUAGCGUGCUUGUUUUGCACAUGAGCACAGCCGGGUUCAUGGUGUCUCUACGCUAGUGGGUUUUAUGAUUGAAGUUGCUCUUUUAUUAGGCGUACAAGGUUCUUCACACCAAAUCAUUACUAGUCAAAGACUGAUUUCAGAUUCAUGUAUUUUCUGAAGGUGACUCCCAGCAGCUUUGGUGAGCUAUUACAAUAAAACAUGAGGAAACUGCAUGUUGUCUUGCAUGCACAUCUCAUUUCUUGCUUGUAUAAGACCAGUUUAAAUUGAUCUACACUGUUGUAAACGACUAAAGAUUGUUUCACGAAUGGCAAUGCAUCCAUGCAGAAGAAAUUUAGAGGACAAACAUUUGCUGGAGUCUUCUGCUACCUGUUUGAUAGUCGUGAGAGAAUUUGCAAACCGGUCAUGUUUAAACGUUAAACACAAUUAAACCUGGACUUACUUCAUUAAUAAUUGUCUGAUACGUCGUUUCAAAUGUUCCUCUGAGACUUGUAAACCUAUAAUGAGCUUGGCAGAGAUGGUUUUUGCUGUUUCAUGUCUGAUCCACUGAUUUAAUGUAAACUCUUUAAAUUAGCUUGUAGCUCUGUGCUAACCGUAGGGACAAGGCGGCGGUGGCAGUUUAGCCUCUCGGACUGUGUGUCUAGUCACAAUCAUGCAUGCUUCACCGGUUAAGUGAUGCGUGGAAGGUAUUGUAUUGUAUCGUACACAAGUUUUUGCUUUUAUGUUUAUUGGGUCAGACGCGACUUUAUGGUGUACGCUUCUUGGGGUGAUUUUGAAAAACUUAACGUUAUUUUUGCACAUAUAGGAUGAUGCUUUGGGGUUGAUUUAAUUUCCUCAGUGGAAAAGUGGAAUGCUUGAUGUGAAUGACAGGCCAUUGAAGUGUUUAUUGUAAUAAAUAUUACAAGUUCCAACUCCUA